ACCAACUGUUCGACAAAAAGCCUCACACAAAUAUUAUAUUUUUACUCUCUCUCUCUUAUGAUUACUGAUGUUUACUUGUCUGUCUGUCUUUAGAUGAAUUGUUCCUUUGGCCGGCCCGAACAGCGUGUCAGUGUCAGCACAUGCAAAUACCCAAAUAGAAGAAAAGAAAAGAUUUGCUAGUGAUGCCUCCUGCUGGGAAAGUUUCUGGAUUCCAUCGUCAAGAAAAUGACUGGUUCUGCAAUGCAAAUUUGCCGAGCGAUAUUCUAGUGGUGGUGGAUGAAGUAAACUUCCAUCUUCACAAGUUUCCACUUAUUUCAAGAUGUGGGAAAAUAGCAACUAUCGUCGAAGAAUCUCAAACCACCAGCGACAAGAUACUCACAGUAACUCUCCAAGAAUUCCCGGGUGGGGCCGACACAUUUCUCACUGCAGUCAAAUUCUGCUACGGGGCCCGCAUAGAGUUAACACCGAAAAACAUCGUAAUUUUAUACUGCGCAGCAGAUUACCUGGAGAUGACCGACAAUUACGGCGAAGACAAUUUACUAUCCAAGUCCGAGAAUUACUUCCACAAGCACAUUUUACGCCACUGGAAAGACUGCAUUUUGACCCUCCAAAGCUGCAAACCAGUUAUUAUUACAAGAGCAGACAAACUCCAAAUCAUAAACAAAUGUACAAAUGCUCUGUCUGUGAUGAUCUGUACAGAUCCGUCUCUAUUCGGAUGGCCAAUGAUGAUGUACGGUAGUUUACAGAGUCCAGGUGGCACCAUCCUUUGGAACGGAAUAAACACCGGUGCCAAAAUCCAAAGCAACGAAUCCGAUUGGUGGUUUGAAGACAUCUCGUAUCUAUGCGUUGACUUAUUCGAGAGGCUAGUUCUUACAAUGGAAGCAAAAGGGGUAAGGAAAGAAAAUAUCGCUCGUGCGAUAAUGUACUACUGUAAGAAAUACCUUCCGGGAUUGGACAGGAGGCAGGGGGUGGUAGUGCAAGGGGGUGCGUCGAGGGCGGUUGCCAGUUUCAGCAUGACACCUGCCAAUGUCGAUCAGAGCGCUCUAUUGAAACGGGUCGUAAAAUUACUUCCCGAGAAAAAGAGUAAAUCUUUUUGCCGUUUUUUGUUGGGGCUUUUACGGGUUGCAUUGAUUUUGGGAGUUAAUGACACGUGUCAGGAUUAUUUGGAAAGGAGAAUAGGUGCACAGCUGGAAUUGGCUAGUCUUGAUAGUUUAUUGAUACCUAGUUAUUCGGAUUCGGAUACUUUGUAUAACAGUGACUGUGUUGAGAGGAUGAUUGGUCAUUUUGUAUCUUCUGAGCCCAAUGUGGAUUCUGUAUUGUCUCCGUCUUCGUUUGACUUAGGGGCAUCACCGUCAUUUGAGCGGUUGAAGAGAGUUGCUAAAUUGGUGGAUAAUUAUCUGGCCGAGGUUGCUUCUGAUGUAAAUUUGAAGCCUGGAAAAAUACGUUCUUUAGCAGAAGCGUUACCGGAAUCUUCUAGAUUGUUGCAUGAUGGGCUAUACCGCUCACUCGAUAUAUACUUCAAGGAACAUUCGUGGCUCUCGGAUAAAGACCGAGAGCAGCUGUGCAGCAUCAUCGAUUUCCGGAAGCUCUCGAUCGAUGCUUGUGCACAUGCAUCUCAAAACGAGAGGCUGCCACUCAGAGUCCUACUACAAGUCUUGUUCUUCGAGCAGAUCCAGUUGAAAACAGCUCUAGCUAGCUGCCUCAAUGUUUUCGAUGCCGAAAAUGCCCCUGCGCCUCCCCUCUCUGCUAAUCCCCACGAAACAGGCGGUGAAAUAGUCCAGCGAGAUCGAUGGGUACAUGUUGUCCGCGAGAACCAAGGUCUAAAAAUUGACAUGGAAAAUAUGAGGUCUAGAGUUGGAGAGCUCGAACAAGAGUUUGUUCAAAUUAAGGAAGAGAUGAAAAGGGUGAGCAAAUCACACAGUUACAUCAGUUCUUCUCCUCGAUUUAUUGCUAAAGGCCUUGGAUGUAAAUUGCUUCCUCGGUCUUCAAACGUCGACAUCCUCGAGAGUUCAUCGCCCACUCCAAGAGCAUCUGUCGAGCGAUCUCGGCCGUCCACCUGUCAUCAUCGGCAUGGAAAGAGUUUCUCUCUGGUUUGAGCAUAUUUUUUCGUCGGAGAAAUCUCAGGUCAGGUUUUUUUUCUUGCUAUGGAGAAGUUGGAUAUUUAUCGGAACACACGAGCUUAUUGGGUUUAUUCUGUGCUACACCAGGUAGUAGUAGCAUCUCACCGUAAAUUUACAUAUAAUUACGCACAUGUACAUGUGGGUGUGUGUUUGAAUAUCACCUGGUGCAAUGCACCAGGUGUAGCACAGAAUAAAUCGAGUUUAUGAUGCACGAGCAGAGUGUUGGUAGUUUAAUACCGUUGCCAUAGUAUGUUGUACAAGUAAAUUAUACGCUUUUGGAUCCAAAGAAGGUGAACACAUUGUCAGUGUGUCUCUCAUAUAUACAUGUUAUUACAGCUAUGCCCGUUUCUUUCAACGUUAUAGUGUUAUAUUGUAUCGGUAUGCAGCGCAUAUAAA